UCCAGGCGGACCCGCCGGCUCGGAUGGCGGCGGCGGCGGCCUCUCCGCCUCCCGGGGCGGCUCUACCUCCUUUUCAAUUCCGUCCGCGACACGAAGGUCCGGAUUGGCGUCGCCUGAGCGCCGUGGAAGUGGACCGGGUGGCGGCCGAAGUGAACGUGGCGGUGCUGCAGGAGCACCUGGAGCACGUCACCUUCUGCAACGCCGGCCGCGAGCGCUGCCCUCACUGCCAGCGCCCCGCCGACCCGCUGCUGCUCAAGCUCCUGCGACUGGCCCAGCUCUGCCUAGAGUACCUGCUCCACUCCCAGGAUUACCUUAGCGCCCAGCUCCGCGCCGGGCAGGAGCUGCUCCGCGCCGCCGAUGCUCACCGCGAUCUGCUGGCCAAGGACGUGGCCCGCGGGGCCCAGCAGGUCCGGCUGCUCAAGGAGGAGUGCAAGCGCCGCAAGAAGAUCAUCGCCACCCAGCAGAUGAUGCUCCAGGCUGGGGCCACCUGUCACCAGUGUCAGUUUUGUGACAAAGCCUUUAUGAACGCUUCCUUCCUGCACAGUCAUUUGCAGCGUCGCCAUUCAGAAGAACCAGUCACUGAUCAGAAGAAAAAAGCACAGACUUAUAAACUGCAGGAGGAAAUCAACCAACUGAAGGAGCAAUUACAACUUACCAGGUCUCAAUUAGAAGCUGAGCAACGUGACCAUAUAGUCAAACUGUCUAAGGAAUAUGAAGAACGCCGAUCCAAAGAAGAGGAGAUUCGGCACUUAUUUCACAAAUGGAAAGAGGAAGAAAAGGAAAAAUUGGCCCGUGAACUUGAGAAGGUGAAAGACAUGUUUAUGAAGGAAUUUAAAGAAUUAACUGCAAAAAAUUCCGAAUUAGAAAAUCAUUUGUUAGAGAUACAAAAGUCCAACCAACAUCUGAAAUCCAAUUUAGGCACUUUAAAAGAUACCGUUGAAUUAACAGAUGAGAAACAUCGGAAUGCUAUGGAUCAUCAGAAUAUAAUGCAGCUUCUUGAAAAACAGGAAGCCAAGUGGUCUUCUAAGGUACAAAUUCUUCAAGAAGAACAUGAAAAUGAAAAGUACCAGAUAGAAAAACUGGCUUCCAAAAAACCAAUAGAAAACUCGAAGUUUUCUGAAGUGAAAACUUCAGAACAAAAUGUUCAACCCAAAUCAAGCACGUCAUCCAUGCAUGAUUUUGGAAUUGAAGCAGAAAAUCAACCUGUGCUCCCAGCCGUAAGACUAUUAUCAAAAGAGCAUCCAGAAUCUGCUGUCCAAGCGAAACACAGGACAACUCGCUUAGGAACUUCCUUACCUAUCGUUUUCGCCAAGCCAGUAAAACGUCCUUCCAUUGCCAAACAUUCCCUCGUGCAAAGAGCAUUGCCUGCUGAAAACACUUCAACCCCAAAAACCAAGAAGAAUAUGUUGAAGGAGGACAUUUCUAGGAAGCCACUUACUACUGUAACUCCUCCGUUUAGCUCAGAAGAGGAAGUGGAGGAAAACGACAUCAGGCACUCCUACAUCUCACCCGAAUUAUCUCUGCAUAAGGCAUCCAAGGGCCACAGCAAAGACAGUUUGCCAAGAUUUGCAUAUGGGAGUGAUGUAAACAUCCCUGAAGACGAAGUAGAUCUUAAGCCAUCCAGAAGCUCUUUACUUCAAAAUGAGAUGGAUGAAAUGGAAAAGUUUCUUUUGAGCCAAAGAAAGGAAAACAAAGAAAUCAGAGGAAUGAAUGGUGGUUCAUCAUCUAUUCAUACAUGUGCCCAAGGAGUAAAGUUUAAUGGUAUUGAAGAUGAGGAUGACUGGGAUUUAUCAUCUCUGGAAGAUGAAAAACCUUUGAAAGAUGAGAAAAAUAAGAAUGUACGUGCUGUUGAAAAGAAUGAUCCAUGUGCUGUGUCAAUGACCCAUGAAUGGGGAAAACCAAUAAAGGAUGAAGGACGUCAGGAUGCAGAUAUCUCAAGCUCACCGAAAAGCAGCCUGGUCACUGUUACAGAUUGGAGUGACUCUUCAGAUAUUUGAUUGUGCAAGGAGGUUUAAUCUGAUUUCUGUCCUUUUUUCUUAUGGUGCACUAACAAGGAACUUUUCUUUACAAAACUGUGUCCAAAGUUUUUCCUUUUAU